GCAGUAGUUGCUACAUUUCUCACAUUCAUUUGGCAAUGGAGCUCGUCGAACGCAGAGACUGUGAGAAUCUCGUGAGGAGUUUGGCAGAGGAGCGUGCUCAGCUGCUGAACUUGUCAAUUCAGCAGCAUGAACAUUUCAAGACAUGUUUGGAGCUGACUUUUGGGAAACUGGAUCAAACAUUCAGAGGGUCAGUAUCCUCACUGCCCGUCCAAUUGGGGACCUUGAGAUCUACCGCGCCGCCAGUGCUGCCGGAAGAUUCUGACCCGGUUCCUGCGAAUCCUUUUACGGCAGUAGCGUUGGGCCUCAAGACCAUGGUUUCCGAGGAAUCCUUUCCUACGAAAUCGCCGCUCUUCCCAACAACUCUGAACUCUUGCACUAUCCCGGUCCCAGAAAUGGAGAAGGUUGACUCUGACAAUACGGUUGACGGGCAGCCGGUAGACCAAACAUUUUCCUCCAAGAAAGCGCUACCAGUGUCACCGAACGGAUCUCGCAAACCAACACACCUUCGGAAGCUUAUGACACGAAGUGUUGAUGAUGUUUGGAUCCAGAAAGCAAAGUCAUUCUUGGACUACUUUGCAGGUUUUAUGGUUGUUCUCAACACUAUGUCGAUGAUAUUGGAGCUUGAACUUCAAGGUACCGUUAUUGGCAUUGAACUUGGUAUUGAAGAAGGACAAGUUGACAAUUCGGCCAUGGACGCCUUCCGUACCUUGGACAAGGUCUUUGUCUUCAUUUUCCUUGCAGAGUGGAUCCUUCGCCUCGUUUUUGAGAGGAUGGAUUUCUGCAGGGACUAUGCAAACAUAUUCGACACAUGCCUGGUAGUCUCCAGCUUGGUUGAUCUUUACUUCAGCCUAAUUACUGGCUCAGACGACGGCACACCCAAGGGUGUGGUUAUUCUGCGGAUGAUGCGCGCUUUGAAAGCCUUGCGUGCAAUUCGUGUUGUGAGAUCCCUACGUUUCUUUGGCGGCCUCAGAGUGCUGGUGAAGGCUUGUACUUGCUUUCUGCCAUCGCUUUGUUGGGCAAUGGUACUUCUCGGUAUCUUUAUGUCGAUGGGUGCCUUGAUGCUUGGGAACCUCUUACAGUCCUACAUGACUGACGUGUCAUUGCCCUUGGACAACCGCUUGUGGCUUUGGGACCGUUAUGGCACCGCCUAUCGAGCGACAUAUACCCUUUUUGAAAUAACAUUUGCAGGGAAUUGGCCUACAAGCGCCCGACCUGUACUUGAGAAAGCGAACCACGUUUUUGUGAUAUUUUUGGUGUUGUAUGUGACAGUUGUGGUCUUUGCAGUGAUCAGGGUCAUCACGGCGAUUUUUUUGAAGGAGACCUUUGAUGCAGCCCAAAAUGACGCAGAACAUCUUGUCAAGGACCGUCUGAAGAUGAAGGCACAGUACAUCAGCAAACUGGAAUCUGUUUUCAUGGCGAUUGAUGAGACCGGCGAUGGUAUGAUCACAGAGGAACGCCUCAAUCAGAUUUUGGCACGGCCGGAAGUUGCAGCGUACUUUCAGACCUUGGAAAUCGAUGUCCAUGAAGGCACUGCACUUUUUCACCUUUUGGACAACGGAGACGGGGAAGUGACUUUGGAGGAAUUCAUCGAUGGCAUAAUGCGAUGCAAGGGCCAAGCACGCGCCAUUGAUCAAGUGGCACUUCAUGCAGAAAUGAAGCAGCUCGAUAGCAAGAUCAACAAGCUCAUAGAAGCCUUAAACCGAGAGUCGCUGUUGCCUUCAAUGUCUUCAAGUUCUUCAAGGAUGACGGAGAAAAGAAAAGAGCACAAAAUCAGGACUACGCCAACUCAAGCGGAGCUCUUGAAGGUGUUCCGUCUGGACACUUCAGAUGAAUUGCUCAGUGUUUCACCUUUUCAGAGGUCUACCAGCCCAGGAUUCACAGCAGGUUUGCCGUGAAUUCUUUCGCUGAAGUGUCAUCUAAUCUCAUAUCCGCCCAACCAUAACCCGAGUUGCUAGAGUUUGCUAG